AUGGCAGACGCAACAAUUGCAGAAUACGAAGCUCAAUUAGCAGGCAUUGAAGAAUUGCUUCAAGCGUCUCCUGAAGAUGAAUCCUUGUUGACUCUGAAACAAGACAUGGUGGACUUGAUUGCCUUGACCAAAGCUGAUGCCGAUGCCGCUGCUGCAAUAGCUGCUGAGAAUACUAUUGAAGAAGCAAUCGUGGAAGAAACAACAACUGCCCUUCCACCACCACCUCCCCCGUCGCCACCCAACCAAGACAAUACUCCACCACCACUCGAAAUCUCAUUGCAACAAGCCGUCCAAGCAGGAGCUGCUGCCGCUGCCGCUGCCUCAUCAUCUGCUGCCAACACAACCAUAACAACAUCUGAAAAACCCAAAGCGAAAAAGAAAAAGAUUACCAUCAAUUCCGAAUUUAAAGUUCCACCCCAUCUCAUGGCCAAGGAGACGGAUUCCGAAGCGGAAAAAAAUAAAAAGAACAAGCAGCUCAAGAAACUCAAAAAUAAAUUUCGACACGAAAAGAAGGAAGCCGAAUCCAUUCACAAACAGAAAUCAUGGCAAUCCUUUCAAAAGAAAGCCAAACGCAAGGUUCCUGGAAAAGACAAGAGUAUCUUUUCCGUGAAGGAUUCCAAGACGAUGACUGAUUUUGGAGAACGCAAGCGACACAAAAAAUUAUAA